CAGGGUGGCAGGCAGGUUGCCAACGCUUCAACCAAUGCUGCUCGGAUGGACUGGCACCGGGGGCGGCUUUGAUCAACACCAAACGCCCGGGGUGUAUUUUGUUUUACGGCGUCGUUUCAUUAUAUUGCCCCAACAGGAGCGUCGGGAGAAGUGCGGGGCGUCAGAGACUUCUUUUUUUUUCAUUCAGCGUUUUAACAGCCAUUGCACCAACAAACAAAAACGUGUCGCCGUCCACCUCAAGGAGGAAACUGUCUCAUCUGCUUCAACCGAAACUACACCAUCGCCCGAGGCAGCCCUUAAAAAAAGACCUUCAACAUAGGAGCUAGCAGCGGGCUGCAUUAGCUGGCUAGCUGAGUUGGCUAACUUUGUUGGCAAGCUGUCUGGACACGAGGCGUGUUCAUAACUCUGUUGUUCGUGUCAGUGCUUUACUUUACGUGUAGUCAUCGCCUCUUGAACCACCCCACAUAUGAGAUGACAUUCACACAAUGUUAGCAGUAGUUGCAAAAGUUAGCUAACGUCUAGCUAGCUUGCAAGCCAUGCUAUUUUUUUUUUUAACGUGACUCAGUGACCGUUAAUGAAUAUCGUCACAUCGGGUGUUGUCUGGCUGUCGCCCCUCCGACGAAACACUACUGCUGCUGCUGUUCCUGUCCUGUCACGCCUGGGAGAAAGAAAAAAAGAAAUAUUUGGCAGUUAAUUCAGAUUACCAGUAAUCUAUGAUGGGAUCUCUGAAGGCUCUCCAGGAGUGGUGUCGGAUACAGUGUGAAAAUUACAACGAUGUGGAAAUACGGGACAUGUCAGCGUCCUUUCGGGACGGUUUGGCUUUUUGUGCCAUCAUACAUCGCUACAGACCAGAUUUGAUAGACUUUGGCUCACUGUCUAAAGAGAAUGUCUACGAGAACAACCGACUGGCGUUUGAAGUGGCUGAAGCUCAGCUGGGUAUUCCAGCCCUGCUGGACCCAGAAGACAUGGUGUCCAUGAAAGUACCUGACCGGCUUAGCAUCAUCACAUACGUCUCGCAGUACUACAACUUCUUUAACAACAAGUCUCAAGCAAACCCUCCGUGUUUGAAGAGGCUGAGUUCUGCCGGUCAGAAUGAGCCGGCCCAGAAAAGGCCUCCGACCCCUUUGGAAGACAAAGUGGUUGAGACUGAGCCUGCGCAGACAGGUGCAGAAGCGUUCACAGCAGCCAGGCGCAGCACCAUCAGCAGCACCUGCGCCGCCUGCCAGAAGCACGUCCACCUGGUGCAGAGGUUUCUGGUAGACGGCAAGCUCUACCAUCGCAACUGUUUCAGGUGCACAGAGUGUCGCAGCACUCUGUUUCCUGGAUCAUACAAACUAGGAAGUGACUCUGGAGCACUGGUCUGCACACAUCACAUUACAAGGCACGCUACAGCCAAUCAGAACGGCCGGCCAGAUCUUAGUAAGAGACCACCAGCGGUUCAGUCUGCCAGGAUUGGUCGGUUUCAUCACUCUGUGCCCUCUGAGAGGGACCAGGAACAGACUCCUCAACCAUCAAAUGAUACUGACACUCCUGCCAAUGACUCUGACACUGUCGCUCCUGUCGUAUCAAACGCAGCAGACUCUUUGGAAACAGUAAAAGAGAUGGAUGGUAAUGCAGAGACGGAGGAGACGCCACGUUCUUCUUCUCCUCCCAACCCUUUUGAUGAGAGUGAUGAAGAGGAGGAUGAAGGAGAAAAAGAGGAAGAAACACAAACACCAGCCAAAUGUACAGCGAAUGGGGACGUCCCUUCUACACCUGUCAGUCAUGCUGAAGGUGCCAGUCGACCAGUACCUGCACCUCGCCGGGUUUCUGAACCCACCCCUCCACCUCGUCCUGCCCCGCGGAUUCGGCUACCUCGCACAUCAGAUGGACUCACAGCCAGUGAACAUCUCAAACCUCCAACUCCUCCCAAACCUCGAGAACGCUCACAGUCUCCUGCAAGUGGCACCCAUAAACCCAAAGACCCACCUUGGCUCGUCCUGGUCCAAUCAGAACACAAGAAGAAGAAAGCCCCUCCCCCUCCCCCUGCUGGACUGGCAACACCCCCCAACACAGGCUCUCUGUCCUCUCUCAAAGGGGAAGACUCCAGACCCAGCACACCCCCUCAGCCCUCCAACCCGUUCGACGACGACGAGGACGAUGAAAACGAGGAGGUGAAGGAAGAGGAGGGAGGUGAAGGAGGAGCGCUGCCACAAACGCUGGUGGCGAGUCACCCGUGGUACAACAUCACCAAGGCAGCGGACUCGGCGGGUGCAGAAACUCCCCCCACAGGAAGCUCAUCCCGCUCUGCCAGUCCAGGAAGCGCCAAGAACAAAAAACGACCGGCGCCUCGAGCUCCACAGCUUCCCUCCAGUAACCAAGCUCUCUCUUGUUCUCAGCCAUCCUCUUGCUCUCCCUCUCCAGCUCUCAGCACAGAGAGUUUGUCGUCCGGCUCGGACCACAGCUCCUCCCAGCUCCCUCUGAGCGGCAGUGCCAGCAGCGACCAGGAACACGCCUUCACCAAAAGCGUCUCAGAGCCUUCCAUCUGUUCGCCGUGCGACUCGACAGCCUCCCCUUCCUCCUCCUCCACCGAGCGUCUGCCUCAUCCCUCCCCAGGCCUCCACCCUUCUCCCAUGCCAUCAUAUGCCAGUUCAGCCCCUGCCACCCCACAGACCAGUCGCAAUUCAGCCACCAAAGGCCCCGAAGCCCCACCGCCACGGCCCACCACAACCCCCAGCCCACUGGCCACAGAGACUGCCCAGUCAAACAACAAGCGGAUAUGUAAGGAGAACCCCUUCAACAGGAAAGCUUCUCCCUCACCUGCUAAAUCUAAAACGAAACCUCCAAAAGGCCCUCGUCCUGCCAGACCCCCAGCACCCGGCCACGGCUUCCCUCUCAUCAAACGCAAGGUACAGUCGGAUCAUUACAUCCCAGUCGAGGACAUCCACGUUGAGAUGAGUCAGCUGGAGAAGCAGCUGGAUGAGUUGGAGCAGAGAGGAGUGGAGCUGGAGAAGAAGCUGAGAGACAACCCUAACGACGAGGAUGAGGAGCACCUGCUGGUGGACUGGUUCACUCUGAUUCACGAUAAACACCUUUUAGUUCGCAGAGAAGCUGAGCUGGUCUACACGGCAAAGCAGCAGAACCUGGAGGAGAGGCAGGCUGAUGUGGAGUAUGAGCUGAGGUGUCUUCUCAACAAACCAGAGAAAGACUGGACUGAGGAGGACAAGAGUCGGGAGCAGGAGCUUAUGGCUGAGCUGGUUACCAUCAUUGAACAGCGCAACCAAAUAGUCAACACCAUGGACCAGGACAGGCAGAGGGAAGAAGAGGAGGACAAACUUAUGGAAGCCAUGUUGAAGAAAAAAGACUUUCACAAGGAUCCAGAAAGCAACCAGCAGAAAAAAAAGGGGGCAAAGUUCAAACCCAUCAAGGUGCUCAAGCGGCUGAGCCAUAAAGGAGAACCAGGAAAGAACCAAAGCCCUCACAAGGAGAAGAGCUGAAGAGCAGAGGACAUGAGAGGAUAAUAGACUGUUUAAACAAGACUAAGGAAAUUUUAAAAAGACGCAAGAAAAGAAAUUUCUCAGUUCAAGAAGGUGACGUCUCCUUGAACUGUUAAGUGCAACCCAGACUCCGCUCCCUGCUUUCUAAAAACUUUAUUUUCAGUUGCCUUUGUGUGUUUCAAAGAGACAGUCUCACAACUCAAGUGCUUUAAGAGCUUUAAGCUCUGAAUAUUGAAGCUAGUGAAGUGUAGAGUGGGUUCCUGUAUUACUGCACUGAUCUGUUGUAUGUUCUUGCUUCACUUUCCCUGCAUUGCACAGCGACUCUGCCCUGUGGGCCUUCGUCAAGGUUCAGCAAAGGUGGGACUCGUCACUUUGCUUUGAAUGAAGUCCAUUUACGUUGAUCCCUGAUACCCAUCAGUUUUUAAUGUUUUACUUUUAACCUGACGUACACUCCUUUAAUGCCUGUCUCCUGUGCGCUGUCAUAGGAUGGAUAUCUGAGGUUUUAUGUCAUGUCUGGUUUACAUCUGUGGUACUAGUAAAAUUAAUAGGUUUUUGGGUGACAUUUGCUUUAAACUCCAACAUGUACUCUCGAAAUGCUCAAUCAACAAUGGAUACCUAAAGACUUGUAGCUGCUAUAUUGUUUGUCGUUUCCUCCUGUUUAGUUUCUUCAGUAAUAGUUUAGUAAUGUGUAAAUGCCUAUGAAAGUAGGUACAGUAUUUAUGAGUGGGUGUGACUGGAGAGAAAAUGUGGGGGGGGGUAGAAUAUUACAAAAGUAUCAAACUGCAGAUGUCUGUUUUAAAAUGAAAGGUCACACAUGCAAUAACAGUAUUUUAUCAAUGGUAGCCCAUUUUAUAACAGUUUUAACCAUUGGGGGGAACCUGAAUAUGCAAUCAUUAAUUUUAUAUUUUAUUAUGCCUUUCUGUAUGUUUCUGUGUUUCGCCUUAAAACAGAUAGAAAAAAACAACAUGUUAAUAUUAAGACUGAGUGCCAUUUAUUUAAUUGCAUAUGUGGAUGAACAUCAUCUGUUCAGCUAAAGCUAAUGUCUGUAAGUUUACUCAUCCUGUUCCUGUUUUGUCAUCUAGGUUAUGUAUUUGUCUGCUCUGUGCCUGUCUUCCUGUCUGGCUGAAACCAAGGGCUUCUGUAGCACCACACUUUUUUUCAGCUAACAUUGUCCUAAAACAGCAGCAGGAUUAUAUAAAAUACUGACACUGGAAGGCAGAGGAAUAAAAUAUGUUCAUGCAAGUA